AUGUACACCAUCUCUGUUUAUCUGAAUAAUCCUGGUCAAACGACAAAUUUGCUUUUGGACCUUGGUGCAACAUUUUCUUGGCUCAAUUGUAAAUCCACUACUUAUAAUCGAACCGUUUCUCAUCGUUUUGGUUCGGUUGUGACCGCGGCCUCCGUCGGGACACUUGCUCUUCAUGCAACUGAUGGAAGAAGUGCUGGUAAUUUAAUAUCGUUGUCUGAGUUCGUAUUUUCUUGUUCUUCGAAUCCUUCACUUUUAAAAGGCAUACAUAAUGCGAGAAAAUUUCCUGGUUUAGCCGGCUUAGGUCGGUCUAAUUCUUCUCUCGCGGCUCAACUUAGCUCUGCUGCUCACAGACCGGUUAUUUUUGCUUUGUGUUUGUCCGGUUCACCAUCUGCUCCUGGUGUAGCGUUUUUCAAUUUUCGUGGUCCCUACCAUUUUCUUCCCGAAAUUGACCUUGCUAAAUCUCUUAUUUACACUCCACUCCUUUCCAGUCCAUCUAAGAGGCAUAUCAUAAGCAAUCCUCUGCAUCGUACCGAUGAGUAUUUUAUUGGGGUCAAGUCAAUUCUAGUCAAUGGAGAAUCAAUUGGCAUUAAUCCGAAGAUCCUGACCGUCAAUCACAAUGGCGUCGGUGGAACCAUCAUCAGCACCGUUGCUCCUUACACAAUUUUAGAAAAAUCAAUUUAUAAGAAAUUAACAAAAGCGUUUGUGAGAGAAUCAGUUGCACUCAACCUCACCGUAAGCAAGCCUGUGAAGCCAUUUAGUGUUUGCUAUCUAGUGGAUGAUAUCAUGGAGACACAAGUAGGACCCACAGUGCCUCACAUUGAUUUAGUCUUGGACGGUCCUGAUGUGAAGUGGAGCAUAUUGGGAUCAAAUUCAAUGGUCAGGAUUGUAAAAGAUGAUUUUGAUGGGUGGUGUUUAGGAUUUGUUACAAAAGGAAAAUUUAAAUCAAUGGCUGCGAUCGUGAUCGGAGGGCAUCAAAUACAUGAUAAUCUGCUGCAGUUUGAUGUGGGUAAUAAUAGAUUAGGAUUUACUAAUACAGUAUUAGCAAAAAAUACCAUGUGUGCUAAUUUCAAUUUCACCACUCAUGGGAUGAAAUGA